GACAAAUCUGUUUCUCAGACUGAACAGCCUCCGACUCGGGCAAGAAUGGGCAUCCGUCGUCCGAUUUUCCUCCAUUUUUCGCAACUCCACAAUUGUCCGCGUCUCUGAGCCGUCAACGGCCGCGUUCACCGACAUUUCGACCCCCAGGGAAGUGACGCAAUCAGUCAAUUUUCGGCUGAUUGGAAAGUGCAAAGUGAAAAUUUGGAACCGAGUUUUCUGCAAGGCAAGGAAUUGUCGUUCGUCGUCACCGCACGAGAGCAGGAGAGUUUGUUGUGGGCGAGCGCGUGUGUGUGAGUACAGGCGAGUGAGAUUCGCGCGAAGUGAAUAAUUGUGCAAACGCGUGCGUCCGCAGUGACAGUUUCUGAUUAGAAGGCCCCUGAGCCGCGGGUGUGACAGGGAUAGCAGGCGAGGAUAGGAGAACGCGAGAGGAUCGAGAACACUGCAAAGCUACAAAUGAUGGCGAACUCCUGGUCGGGUCUGUGUCUCGUUUGCCGGUAGCGAAAAGUGUCGAAUUUGGCCCGAAAUUGUGUGCAAAUCAGUGAAAUAAGUGCCAGGAGAGACGCGCAACUGUUCCCGGAGUGAGUGCGCGGUUCGGAAAAUGCUGUUUUCGGGUCGCAGGUGGGAUCUUAGUGCGCCGAAAAGUCAUUGUCAUCGCAGCAACCCUUCACGAAGUCGCCGCCACUUGGUCCGUUGCAGUUCUGGCCGCGUUGCAGGUCGCUCCGCCACGAAUUAGCUCCGUUCGCAGUUCACGACGUGUCCGCGGAGGCGACUGGAUGGAUUUCAGGUCUGACAUCUGAAAUUGUGAAAACUUCAUCCCAUAAAAGUGCAAAGAAUAGAAGGCAGAAAGCAUUGACAAGAAAUUUGACAGAAUCUACCUAAAAAACCCAUGGAAUCUACUACUUUGUCGGAAAUAAAUAAGCAUGAUUACGUCCAAAGUGAUUUAGGGAGUCUGCCGAACGCACGAUUCAUAUACUAAUGACGAAUUCCGUAGGGAGGAUGCCGAUCAGUAUUUUUUUAAAAAAAAACGUCUAACGGCAUAUGAAGUGUGUUGAAAAGGAUUGUGUAUGCUGUGCGCCACCACCGCCAUCUAUUGGAUUUUUUUCAACAUUGUCAAAGUCCACACGCGAAAAACACUUAAUCAUCGUGGAAAAAGGGAAAAAAUUCGCGUGAAAUCGGGUUCAGUUUAUUUUUUUCUUUAAGAAGUGAAAAAUGUCGCUGAUGUCAGUUAGAAAUUAUCAAUAUUUGGCGGAAAUUCCAAGUUUAAAAAAUUCCCUGUGAACAUAUUUUCGUUUUUUUCUUCGCAGUUCAUUUUUCGUUGACUUUAUUGUUGUUUUGUACAUUUUCCAUAUUUUCUUUUUCCGUUCCCUCAGUUUGUCGCAAUUUAAUGUUUUGUUUUAUUUUGACGUUCCUUGGCAGCAGAAAGUGUGCUGCGCAUCAUUGAUCCGGGUGGCAUUUUCAACGGGGAAAAUUCUAAAACAAAAAAACCUUACAAGGACUGCCUUUCACGUACGCAACGAUAUCAACAUCAACGUUAUCUUGUCGUUUUCACGUCAUGGUUUUUUUGUAGGGCCCAUAUGCGCCCACUUUUCCGAAUUUCCAAGUGUUGUUUUCGUAGGUUUUUGGGAAUUGUGAAGGCCCUCAAGGAAUUUUACGUGCACAACUGUCAAAUUGGAGUUUUUGUAAAUAGUUUCUAAAAAUAGUUUCUCGUAAAAGCGUAUUCCUAAGUUUCGCCCAAGUAAAAUAUAGAAUAAAAUAAGAAUAUAACAUUUAAUAUCUCCAUAAUCCUCCUUUAUGCCUUUUAUAAAAUAAAAUCGAUAAAAAAGAAAAUUGACUCAAAUUAAAUUGUUCGUUGCGUGUAUCAUCUACGAUCAAAAUCCUUCUACAUCCACCUGAUUCGAAGUCCUUUGAGUAUCCAAGUGUCUCGCAUUAAACGAAAACGACUAAAUCCCCCUAAAAGCCUUGCAAUCAUUUUAAAAAUAUAAAAGAAAAAGCAAAAAUAAAAAAUCAUACAUAAGAAAAUUGUAAAAAUCACUUCAUUCUCAUUUUAAGCAAAAAAGUUCGAAAUCAACUACGAAAUCCAAAAAUAAAAAAAUUAAACUUUCAAAUUUGCUCCUAAAAAUUCCUUUAAAAAGCGAUUAUUUGUUAAUUAGCUAUAAAUGUAUGAAAUGUAAAAAAAAUUCACCGCCAUAGACGUUGGACUUGUUUCUAUGUUUCUUGUGACGCGCUUAGCACGCAUUCCGUGAUAUAUGCAGUAAAGAGAAGACGCUCAGAAAGGAUUACGACGCACAGCUUUAAAGGAUAAGGUGGCCAAUUCAGAUUUUGUAAAUACGACGCAGCUUUGAAACGCAGAACCGGUGAUUUUCAUUCUUUCAUCAUCGAAAAUAGUUAACCAACAUCGCAACAUCACCAAGGGCAAGAGCGAUCUGCAUAUUGUGUCCGAUCAUUUACAAUAGCCGAAGAGAUGCAACGUCGCGAAAGAGAAACGCGGGGCGAAAGAACGGGUGGUGUACCAGCAACUUCAUCGACAGCUGCUGCCGGUGGUGGGGGAGCUGGUACACGUGCAGCAGGUGGAUCCAGCAGUAUGUAUUCUGCACGACAUUCGGUAAGCUCCUCAUCAGGAGUGCUCAUGGUUGGACCAAAUUUUCGUGUUGGAAAGAAAAUUGGCUGUGGUAAUUUUGGCGAAUUACGAUUAGGAAAAAAUCUUUACAACAAUGAGCACGUAGCAAUAAAAAUGGAGCCUAUGAAAUCAAAGGCUCCACAACUACAUUUAGAAUAUAGGUUUUAUAAAUUAUUAGGAUCACAUGCAGAGGGUGUACCCGAAGUAUAUUACUUCGGACCAUGCGGCAAAUAUAAUGCACUUGUUAUGGAAUUGCUUGGUCCAUCACUUGAAGAUUUGUUUGAUUUAUGCGGCAGACGAUUUACUCUGAAGACAGUUCUCAUGAUAGCAAUACAAUUACUCCACCGGAUCGAAUACGUUCAUAGUCGGCACUUAAUAUAUAGGGAUGUGAAACCGGAGAAUUUUUUAAUCGGUCGAACGUCAACAAAACGUGAAAAAAUUAUACAUAUAAUUGAUUUCGGUUUGGCCAAAGAAUAUAUUGACUUAGAUACAAAUAAACACAUACCAUAUCGGGAACACAAAUCAUUAACGGGUACAGCGCGUUAUAUGUCAAUAAAUACGCAUAUGGGCAGAGAGCAAUCUAGACGUGAUGAUUUAGAAGCAUUAGGUCAUAUGUUUAUGUACUUUUUAAGAGGUUCACUGCCGUGGCAAGGUCUUAAGGCUGAUACACUUAAGGAAAGGUAUCAGAAAAUUGGUGAUACCAAACGAGCAACACCUAUUGAGGUGCUUUGUGAAAAUCAUCCCGAAGAAUUCGCUACAUACCUAAGAUAUGUGCGACGAUUAGAUUUUUUCGAAACACCCGACUAUGAUUUCUUGAGAAGACUGUUCCAAGACUUAUUCGAUCGGAAAGGAUAUGUGGAAGAUGGCGAAUUCGAUUGGACAGGGAAGACAAUGACUAAUGAGCAAAUGGCCGCAAUGCGACAAUUAAGGAAUGCUCCGCCCUCUCAUCUUGCGAAAAAUAAAUCGGCGAAGUCAACGCCCGUGGGAUCACUACAAACUGGCCACGAAGUUAUUAUAUCACCAAAUAAAGAUCGUCAUAAUGUUCAAGCAAAGGAUGGUGACUAUUUCGUUGGCGAUAGUGAUUUUGAAGAUGAUGAAGAUGAUGAACAUUUAAUUAUUCUUGAGACGAACGCCAAGGGAGCUGUGGCUGCAUGGCCUGAUGUACCAAAACCGGGUGCCACACUUGGCAACUUAACACCUGCCGACCGGCAUGGUUCUGUUCAGAGAACAUAUUACACUGAAACACCAGUAAAACGAAAUGUUUCCUAUCGUCGCGCUAGUGAUAAUACUCCUCAGGGUCUAUCGCAGUCAACGGUUUGUUAUCUUUUUCUUUCAGAAGAUAAUUUGAAUGGCGAGGUUGUGAGCUCAACUAAUGGUGAAUUGAAUGCGGACGACCCGACCGCUGGACAUUCGAACACACCUAUAACACAGCAGCCUGAGGUGGAACUUGUGGACGAAACGAAAUGUUGUUGUUUCUUUAAACGAAAGAAGAAGAAAUCAUCACGCCAAAAAUGACUAGACGGUGUACAAUGUAGUCCAGAACGUGAAGCUGUAACAUUGCUUCGUGCCACGUCACAUUCAAAUUCACGGGAUAGUGUUCUAAAUAAUCCCAGCCAGGAUUAUGUACAGGCAACAUCACAACAUACGUUGCGUUAUCCAUCCGCGUCGCUGCUGACGCCCACACCAACUACAAACAAUACACCGACACUUCCGUUGUAAUUUAUUAUAUAAUUAUUAUCUAUUAUAUUAAUUAAUUAAUUGCUAUUGUAUUAUGAAAUAAUUAAUUAUAAUUACCUACCAUAUAAGUUUAACUGAUGAUGAAACAAAAAGUAAACUGAUGAGAAUAUAUUAAAAAACAACAAAGAAACAAACAUUAUAAAUAAAGUAUAAAAAGAAUAAAAUAAAAUUUCAAAACAAAUUAAAAAAUAGUUUGAAACGAAAAUUAUGCUCAUUACCCACUCACAGUAUAAACAUAAAUUUUAUUGCAUUGCUAGAAAACGAAAUCAGAUCUAUUGAGACUCCUUGAAUGAGGCGAGUAAUUUCCUCGCCGGGGAAAAGAAAACCAACGACCCUAAUCUUCUUUCCUCGUCAGAUUCCCGCAAAAGAAAUAUUUGGAAUUCUUGUCAUCGUGGUUUCUGUUAAUUUAUUGGCGUAUUUUGUCAAACUAUUAUAAACCUGCAAAGAAAUAUGUCGUAUAUUUUAUUGUAUUAUCAGAGGAAAACAGAUAAAGUGAACUAAUCGAACAAGGACGAAGCACGUGUUGAAAUUGAACGUGGAAACAUGUAAACAAAACAAAACGCUCUUAAGCAGAAUGUAAUAUCCUUUUUAAGCAUCAAACAAAUCUAAAAAAACAAUGAAAGUUGAAAAGGAAAUAAAAAAUCGCAAAAGGAAGACUUAUUAAAAUCAAAAAAAAUAUUCAA